AGUGUGCAGCUCUUUGAAAUGGAUGACAUCCAAGUCGUUGAGUCCAAACCCCUGCUGGUUGACAGGGAAUUGCCUGGUCUGAGAGAGGCAGUACAGCAACUGGUUGUCAAGGAGCAUGAUGUUGAAACUCCUCAUGGAAGAAUUCACUGCACGAUGAAGGGGGCUCCCAAAGGGGACAGACCAGUCAUCCUCACUUUCCAUGACAUUGGACUAAAUCACAAAACUUGCUGGGACACGCUUUUCAGCCAUGAGGACAUGUCAGAAAUCAUGCAGCACUUUGCUGUGUGCCAUGUUGACGCCCUAGGGCAGCACGAAGGAGCUAACACCUUCUCCACCGGGUAUGAGUACCCUUCUAUGGACCAGCUGUCUGAGACUCUCCCACUGGUGCUGAAGCACUUUGGCCUGAAGAGUGUCAUCGGGAUGGGCACUGGGGCAGGGGCCUACAUCCUGACCAGAUUUGCUCUGGACUACCCAAACAUGGUGGAGGGCCUGCUGCUGAUCAACAUCAACCCAUGUGCUGAGGGAUGGAUGGACUGGGCUGCACACAAGAUCAGCGGCUGGACCCACGCCAUGCCAGACAUGAUCAUCACCCACCUCUUUGGAAAGGAGGAGAUUCACCACAACCAUGAUUUAAUUGGUACCUACCGUCACCACAUCCUGAAUGACAUGAACCAGUUUAAUCUGCAUCUCUUCGUCAAGGCCUACGAAAGUCGGAGGGAUCUGGAAAUCGAGAGGCCUAUCCCUGGACACAAUGUCAGAACCCUCAAGUGCCCUUCUCUGCUGGUGGUUGGUGACAAUUCUCCUGCUGUGGAUGCUGUGGUUGAAUGCAACACCAAGCUGGACCCAACAAAGACUACCCUCCUCAAGAUGGCCGACUGUGGUGGCAUGCCCCAGGUUGACCAGCCCGGCAAACUAACGGAGGCGUUCAAGUACUUCAUUCAGGGCAUGGGAUACAUGCCCGCUGCCAGUAUGACCCGUCUGGCCCGCUCCCGCACCGCCUCGGGCUCCAGCGUCACCUCCUUCGAGGGCAACCGCUCCCGCUCCCACACCCACGAGGGCAACCGCUCCCGGUCGCACACCAACGAGGGCAGCCGCAGCCGCAGCCACACCACCGAGAACCAGCACGCGCGCGCCCACCCCGACAGCUCGGCCGACGCCGCGGCCAACAACAAAGUCGACCAAUCGGGGCCCAAGUCCGCCGAAGUGUCCUGCUAA